AUGGGUGCGGUGGCGAGCUCUUGCUGCUGCAACGAGAAGGUGGAUCAAGUGUGUGUGAGUGGAGUAGUGAAUAGUACGUGGAGGAUAUUCACUUACAAGGAGCUGUACUCUGCAACCAAUGGAUUUAGCGAGGGGAAUUUGCUCGGAGAGGGAGGAUUUGGAAGCGUUUAUUGGGGAAAAACCUCAGAUGGGCUUCAGAUAGCGGUGAAGAAGCUGAAGGCAGCGAACAACUCGAAGGCAGAGAUGGAGUUCGCGGUGGAGGUGGAGGUGCUGGCGAGGGUGCGGCACAAGAACCUGCUCGGCCUGCGGGGAUACUGCGCCGGUAGCGAGCAGCGGCUCAUCGUCUACGACUACAUGCCCAACCUCAGCCUCCUCUCCCACUUGCACGGCCAGUUCGCCAGCGAGGUUCGGCUCGAUUGGAAGAAGAGGGUGAAUGUCAUGUUGGGCUCCGCAGAAGGGCUGGUGUAUCUACACCACGAGGUGAGCCCGCAUAUCAUCCACCGGGACAUCAAGGCCAGCAACGUGCUGCUGGACUCCGACUUCGAGCCCCUCGUGGCCGACUUCGGCUUCGCGAAGCUCAUCCCCGACGGCGUCAGCCACAUGACGACCCGCGUCAAGGGCACCCUCGGUUACCUCGCGCCGGAGUACGCCAUGUGGGGGAAGGUCUCCGGCAGCUGCGACGUCUACUCCUUUGGCAUCCUCCUCCUCGAGCUCAUCUCCGGCCGGAAGCCCAUCGAGAAGCUCCCCGGCGGGAUCAAGCGCACCAUCACCGAGUGGGCCGAGCCCAUCAUCGCCUCGGGCCGUCUCGGCGACCUCGUUGACCCCAGGUUACGCGGAGAGUAUGACCCGGUCCAGCUGCGAAGAGUAGUGGAGGCCGCCGCGCUGUGCGUGCAGGGAGAGCCCGAGAGGCGGCCCGACAUGCGGGAGGUGGUGGCGAUACUCAGAGGCGAAGAUACAACGAUGACAGCAGAAGCGAAAAUGCUAAGGAUUGAGAGUGUCAGUUAUGGGGAGCAUUUGAUGAACAAGUAUGAUGAUGGUGGUGGUGACAACGGUGAUGAUGAUGAUAAUAAUGAUGAUGGUGAGAUGGGGGAUGAUGUGGAGAGCAAGAGUAUGUAUGGGGUGUUUGGGGUGAUGGACGUGCAGAAGAUGCGUGAUCCCUACAUGAGGCAUGGGGAUGGGAGGCGGGUCAUGCAUGGAUGAUGAUGAGCCAUGAUGCAUAAUGAUGGAUGAUGGAUGAUGCCAUGCGUGUAUUGGUAGAUGAAUCAUAGCAUGGACCUUAUUUUAACUUUGGAUGGGCUAAGGAGAAAGAAUGGAAUUUUUGGGCCUUCUUAUUACACUAAAUUGCAAAAAAGAAAAAAUUC